CUUGUGCCUGCCUGGACUGUUGAGACUGUGGCACAUUCAGCUGGCUAACGAGAAACUCGCAUGUCAUUAAAGCAGGAUCAGCAGCAGAAUGAAAGGCACUUGCAGGUACUUUCGACAAUUUACAUAUCUCACUCUUUGGCUGGGAACAAUAGCCUUGAUAGGAUUCUUUCAGCGCAAUGUAAAGGGUGGCAUGCUGUCGCCUAUUUUCAAACCUUGCCAACCUACCAUGAAUGUGAUGUUCCUCAAGACACACAAAACUGCCAGCAGCACAAUCCUCAACAUCCUCUUCCGUUUCUCAGAAAAACACAACCUCACUGUGGCCCUUCCCUAUCGCUCAGAUGUCCACCUGGGCUACCCUCAGCGCUUCAAGGCAACUUUUGUUGAGGAGUUCAGAACUAUUGGCCGAAACUUCAACAUCAUGUGCAACCACUUGAGAUUUAAUUUGCCAGAGGUAAGACGAGUAAUGCCAAAUGACACCUUCUAUUUUUCUGUCCUGCGGCACCCUGCUUCAUUGCUGGAAUCCUCCUAUAUUUAUUACAAGUAUUCACCAGCAUUUCGAAAGUCCAAGAAUGUGAAUGAGUUUCUGGCAUCUCCAUGGUCAUCCUACAAUCUGACUGAAAAGAACUGGAACUUUAACGCCAGGAACCACAUGUGGUUUGACUUAGGCUAUGACAACAAUGCUGAAUACAAUGACCACUACGUCCAGUCUGUAAUACAGGAUGUUGAGCAGAAUUUCCAGUUGAUGCUGAUUGCUGAAUACUUUGAUGAGUCCAUGAUCCUUCUGAAGAAUACUUUGUGUUGGGAUCUGGAUGAUGUGAUUUAUUUCAAACUAAACACCAGGAGUCUAGACAGUGUUCAGACUCUGAAUCCAGAAAGCAAGGAAAAGGUGAAAGAGUGGUGUGCUUUGGACUGGAAACUCUACACACACUUCAAUAAUACCUUCUGGAUUAAGAUUCAGGAGAGGAUGCACCUAAAGACUUUGUACAAGGAGGUUGCCCUUCUGCAGAAGAGACAGAAGGAACUGAUGGAGAUAUGCCUCUUGGAAGAAAGGGCAAUUGAUGAAACCAGAAUCAUAGACAAGAAACUGAAGCCCUAUCAGUCGGGGCAUGCUAAAAUCUUGGGCUACAACCUCAAAAAGGAUUUAGACAAUAAGACACAGGCCAUCUGCCAAAAGAUGAUCAUACCUGAGCUCCAAUAUACAGCAUACAUGUACAGCCACCAGUUCCCAAACAAGAUGAGAAAACCCGUGGACUUUCCCACUCCAUGA